UAAGCGUAAUAACUUUAUGAUUUAAUGAUUAUUUGUAGAUUAAAUUAACUUUUAAUUUUGUAUAAUGAGUAUCCAAGUAUGUAGGGACGCCUCAGACGCUGUGGUUCUGUAUCUACCACAGCGUUUGUACCUUAAAUCUUUCGCAAAGCUUAAUAUUUCUGUUCAGCUUCCCUCACACAAGGUUUACGGAAAAUCGAUAUCGAAUUGGGAGUUGAUGGAGAAAAUACGCAAAAUGAUCCAACCUGACGCGUUUUCCAUGUUGAAAGUGAUAAAGCAUAGUUCGGAAGUGAUAAGGUUCGACGCAGAGUUGGAGAGCUCCGAGAAGCUUGGCAGGGUGCUGUCUCGUUUGGACAAUCGCAUCAUCCAGUUGAAUGAUUACCCAGAACAGUUAAAAGUAAAAGUGUCUGAAGCAAAGUCUGACUUUCCAAGUCGACAUACUUGGGAUUCAUUCUUCCGAGACGCUACUGACAUGGAUGAGAUGAAACCAGGCGAGAGACCUGAUACAGUACACAUUGCAAAUAUACCAAUCAGUUGGUUUAUUCAUGAGAAAGACAGUUACAGUGAUGGAGUUCCAUCGGAGAGUUUGUUUAAAAAAGUGUUUGAAAAAUUUGGUUCCUUAAGACAAGUUGAUGUUCCGGCAUCAGAUCCAUUUAGGAUGCAGAUGAAAGAAGCCAUAAGGGGUAUAACUAUUCCUGCUAUGGAAUCAUCAGUGUACUUUGAAGGCUACUUACAGUUUAGUGAAUAUGUGGGCUUUGUGCGUUGUAUGGAUGCAUUGCGAGGGCGGAAACUUUUACGAAAGAAGGACGAUAUAUCAGAAUGGUGUACCAUACGUGUGGACUUUGAUAGAACUAAACACAUGACAGAUGCGGCUGUUAAACGGAGAGCUAUAGUCCGAGAGAGACUCAUUGCUCGUCAGAGAGCUAAGGAAGAGGAAGAGAGAAUGGAGAAAGAUAAGAUUGCAAAAAGAGAAGCAAAAGAAAGACAAAAACUUGAGAAGAGUGAAAGAGAAAAAUUGGCAAAGAUGCGUGAGAGAGAAGAGAGAAGAAAGAAGAAAAGACUCGCUAAACUGAUAGAAAGGGACAAGGUAGAUGUUAACAAGAAGGUUGCUGAGGAGCAAAAGAAACUGAUGCAUGCUCAGAAGAGGUUACAAGCGAUAAGACUUAUUGAGGAAUUGUUUAAAAGAAUUGAGUUACGUCCAGAGCUGCAGCGCAGUGGCAUGCACGAGAGAUACUAUGGUAGUGAGGAGAGAGCUAAGCGGUCCCGUGUUGUGGAUAGGUUCAAGCGGAUGCAGGAACAGCAGCUGGAUAACCAGAGGGAAAUGGUGAAGCAAGCAAUGGAUGGGCGUAUAGUGAUACGUUCAGCAUUAGAAACGAAGAAGCCAAGACAGGUCUCCCCGAUCAGCUCACUAUCCUCAGAAGAUGAGAGAACAAAGAGAAUCAAGAAAGAGAAACUACCCACACCGGAGAGAGAGUAUGAAUAUAAACCACCAGCUGGGAUGUAUCCGUACGGAUUUCCGUAUCCGUACGCCUGCGCACCGCCGCCCGGUUACCCCUUCCCGCAAACGUCAAUGUAUUACCCUGUCCGGGGGUUCGUGCCGCGGGGGAGGGGACGUGGGCGAGGUCGGGGCGGGCAGCGUCCUCGUAUGCCAUACUUUGAUGGUCCCGAUGCCAGUCAACAGUAUUAUCAAUAUUUCAAGAAGUUAACAGCACAAGAGGGACGCAACAAUCACUGCGACCGUACACACGUGCACCGCUCGUACACCCGCUCGCGGUCACGUUCGCGUUCGCGUUCGCGUUCGCGCUCGCGCUCGCGCUCUCGGCACCGCUCAUACAGCCGCUCUCGCUCUAGAAGUAGACGAUCCAGAAGUAGAAGAUCAAGGAGUAGACGGUCCAAAAGUAGAAGUAGACGCUCGAACACCAGAAGGAGAUCCAGGUCUAGCCAUAGCCGAUCUAGAUCUCGUAAGCGGUCUAGAUCACGCAGCCGACGAUCCAGGACAAAGUCUAGGACAAAAUCAAAGACCAGACUGACGACUACGCCCAAGCUGGACGAACGGUCAGAUGUACAAGAUAAGCAAUUAACCACGCCGAAGCGAAGGUCUAAAAGUUGGUCCUUGCCUAAAGAGGGGGGAACUCACAGGUCCUGGUCUAGAAGUCCUAAAGACGGAGAAGGACGUAACAGUUAACAUAUUUAAGAUUUGAAAUUUGAACAUUUUUUUUUUAAGUUUUAAAACUCAUCUGCAAUAAUCUUUGUUCUCUUUCAAAGUGAUGCAAUUCUUAGGAUU